UCGCUUGAAAAAUUUAUGUCAAAAACCACUCAAAAAUGGCGAUUGGAGUGGAUAGUUCGAAAUGGAAACCUAGAAAAUUUAAAGGAACUCCCGCUGGCAAAGCUAGAAAUUUAGUUGGUUUAGGUAUUGUGAGUGUCGGUGUUUUAAUUGGUGCAUUUUACCAGUUCUCUGAUGUAACCAAGAAUUACAGAAAAAAAUUGGAGAUAUUUUAUCAGGAUCCGGUAGAAGAAGUGGAAAGAAAGCUUAUGAUUGCUGGUGGACUUCCCAACAGAUCCGGCGAUACUAUAAGACGGUUAUUGGAAGAAGAGGCUAGAACAGAUAGGCCAGAUAAAUAAUGAUUAGUGAACAUAAAUAGGUGUAGAAUAAAAGUGUAAUACACAGAUAAUAAUUUAAGUGUUAAGAUGUAAUAAAUUAUUUAGUUAUUCAAAUA